AUGAAGUACGACUGGACAAAUGUCGAACUCAAAGACAACCACCUUGUGCUCAAGCAACGUGGCUUCAGCCGAGACGACCUUUCCGCCUACCGGAAUGUAAGCAUAGCCGGAAUUCAGUCUCGGACCCUAGAUAUGGUCCCUGGUACCUACCGGACGGUUUUCAGAUUGGACGGUGCCAAGGGAGGAGCGUGUUCAGGGUUCUUCUGGUAUCACGACGACAAAGCCGAGAUCGACAUUGAAAUCGUGACGCCCGGCGACUCCAUGGUCAAUGGCACAAUCAAUUACACACUGCAUCCAUCGUUGGCGCCAGAUGGAUCACCAAUAGCCAACGCUACGCUUUCAGUCCCGUUGGACGACUCUCAUCUCCGCCCCGACACUUUCCAUGAAUACCGCUUUGACUACCAUGCACAACGAGGGGUGCAGUAUUACCUGGAUGGAGCCCUCGUCCACACCAAUGCUCGUGACAUUGCUACCUUAAGUGGCAAUCUCCAAUUCAAGUUGUGGGCGGACGGUAACAAAUGGUGGAGCGGUACACCGAGUACGGCUGAUGUAUUGAUGAAUAUCAAGAGCAUUGAUGCCUAUUUCAACUCCUCGGGCACUGACACAGACACAGCAUGGAUGAGGGCGUGCAGUGCGGCCGGCGGUCCGAGCAGCCUGACUAUCUGUACUAUCCAGUAG